UAUGUUUUGUUCAAAUAAAAAAUAAAAAUUGUAGUACAGAAUCACAAUAAUCCCGGUUGCUAUUGCUAUCAGUUAUUAUUAAAAAAAUACUACUACUAUAAUAUUAUUUYUAUGAACGAUCGUUGAUGUUAAGUAGUUAAGUUKUCUAGUUGAUUAAACACUUAUCAGUUCUUCAUGACUUCAUUGAAUUGUUUAAAAAAUUGAAAUGCCUCUAAAACGGAAUGUACCGGAGCCGGUGAAGAGUAUUUUGGAUAUCGACUCAAAACUUACUUCAGUUAUUUGUAACACAGUUUCUAGGUUUCUGCCUACUCGCAGUUUUACCACAUAUUACAAAGGAUUAGAGUAUUCGUGUCAUGGAAUUGUAUGGAUCGCCUGCUGGUUGACUUUCAUUUGGUUUGCUUGGUCAAAAUCUUUGUUUCAAAUGCAAGUUAACCUUCUUAUUGGAUUAUUUGUUGAUAUUUUUGCGGUUGCUAUUAUAAAAGCAUUUGUUCGUCGCCGUCGACCUGUAGGCAAUAAAAAUGACCAAUGGGUUACAAUUGGCCCGGACGUCUACUCUUUUCCGUCAGGACAUGUUUCAAGAGCAUUUUUCAUAUUGUUUUAUUUUUAUAAAUUGUAUCCAUUAAAUGAGUUUAUUGUAUUGUUUUUAUGUGUUUGGGCAGUAGCUGUGGCUCUUAGUCGAAUACUUCUAAGACGCCAUCAUUUAUUAGAUGUAAUUGCUGGCAGUAUAUUAGGGUAUUUUAUAUCAUUAGCAGUAUCUGUUAUUUGGAUCGACCAAAGUAGCCGAGUAUUUGGUAUCAUAUGUGUCAGAUGAUAAAUUGGAAGGUGGAGAAUAUCAUGUGUAAAUUUUAACUAAACAUUUAUAAAUAAAAUAAAAUAAUAUAAUAUAUAAAAUC